AUGACGACUGUACAGACUCCUUCACGCCCAAUCAAGUUGCCAGAAUGCACUGUUACCUGGACCUGGUGUACCAGAGCUGGCAGCCCUCCAGGAAACCGGCGCCUGUUGCUCUCGCCCCCCAGGUUGUGGGCCACACUAGGGACUCAGUGACGUUGGAGUGGUUCCCACCCAUCGACGGCCACUUCUUUGAAAGAGAAUUGGGAUCAGCAUGUGACCUUUGCCUGGAAGGGAAAAUCCUGGUGCAAUAUGCUUUCAAUGCCUCCUCCCCAAUGCCCUGUGGCCCAUCAGGACACUGGAGCCCUCGGGAAGCAGAAGGUCAUCCAGAUGUUGAACAGCCUUGUAAAUCCAGUGUCCGUACCUGGAGCCCAAAUUCAGCCGUCAACCCGCAUACAGUCCCUCCAGCCUGCCCUGAGCCACAAGGCUGCUACCUCGAGCUGGAAUUCCACUAUCCUUCAGUCCCGGAGUCUUUGACUGUCUGGGUGACCUUUGUUUCCAGCGACUGGGACUCCAGUGGAGCUGUCAAUGAUAUCAAACUGCUGACUGUCAGUGGAAAGAACAUUUCCCUGGGCCCUCAGAAUGUCUUCUGUGAUGUCCCACUGACCAUCAGACUUCGGGAUGUGCGUGAGGAGGUUUAUGGUAUCCAAAUCUACACUCUGGAUGAACACCUGGAGAUUGAUGCAGCCAUGCUGACCUCUAUUACAGACAGUCCACUCUGCCUACAGUGUAAGUCUCUGCAGUAUAAAGUCGUCCGUGACCCUCCUCUCCAGGUAGAUGUGGCCUUGCUCCUACACUUCAAUAGAAGAUUCGUGGACACGCCUGCUGUUGACCAGCACCACACUGAAGAGUGUGUAGGAGAGGCAGAUACUGACAUGCACAGACACAUGGACAAAGCAGUUUCUCAUAAACUGCUCAGAGUUUGA